AUCCUCUGUCUAUCCCUUUCCUCCACAUCUGUCCCUCCUCCCCACCUCGAUCAAAUCGCCACGAGCACGCGCUGCCCUAUCUGUCUGCGAUCUUCCCUCCUUGAUCGUCAGGCACCAUAGGUUGAGACUGUCUCUCAACCGCAUUACCACUUGCACGAUCUAAUAUUGUCCGAGUCCACGGCUACCCUCCAUGACGAUGGUCAUUGAAAACCAGAACCGCCAGUACGGCGGGAUGGGUUUUGACAGUGUUUACCAACAACAUAACCUCCCGCACCACACUCCGCCUCAGUUCACCGAUCCCUGGUCGGCCGCUCACACUUCCUCCAACUCGACCCCUCCGGUGUACGCGACCUCCAUGGGUUCCAGCCAGAUCCUGAACCCUCCCAAGCAGGAGGAAGUCACCCGCCCGUCCAUGUCUCUGCCGUACUCGAGCAUCCCCGUGUCGGCCCCGUCCAUGGUCCCCGGGAGUAACUAUUCUACCAGCGCCGCUCCGAGCUACCCCGGCCCGGAGAUGAUGACCAUGUCGCACGACCUUCCUCGCACCACCUUUGAACAGCCCCCCUCCUACACCACCGCCUCCUCCAUGAGCAGCUUCGCCCCGGCCAGCUAUGCCCCCUUGAGCUAUGCUCCGUCGAUACACCACCCGGACAGCCGCCGCAUCCCAGAAGCUCGCGUUGGCCAAUCGCAGCCCCCGUCGGCCCCCACGUUUGGAGACGCCCUUGACGCCAGCCGCGGAAUGGUUGCCCUCAGCCAGGAUUUGACCCCUCGCAACAUCUACGGUCCUCGUAACUCGAGAGGUUCAGGUGACUCGUAUGGCUUCCCCGCGACCCAUUCGUCGGGAUCGUCGAUCUCGUCCGGAGCGAAUUACCCCUACUAUAGCGCCUCCGUCGGCUCCGUCGACUCGUCGGUGACCGAUUAUAGCUCUACCACCUCGGAGUCUUACGACAAUGGACACCUGUCGCGGACGUUGCCCCGUCCGUCCAGCCUGCUCACGGGAAGCGCGCCUCCGGGCCCGCAGUCGAUGAUGAGCCAGUUCAGCUCCAAGAUGCCGUCCAACACCCAGAAGAAGCACAAGUGCAAGGUGUGCGACAAGCGAUUCACCCGUCCGUCGUCUCUCCAGACCCAUAUGUACAGCCACACUGGCGAAAAGCCAUUCGCAUGUGAUGUGGAAGGUUGCGGUCGACACUUCUCCGUUGUGUCCAACUUGCGCCGCCACAAGAAGGUUCACAAGGGCGAAAAGGAGGGAGCCUCCGGUGAGGACGACGAGUAGAUGAUACAUCUAUCUUUUCGUUUUCUAAAUUCUCCUUAUGACCCGUACCGAUACGAGGCCUGUGCAUGAGCAGCGACUCAAAUCCCACCCGCUGUGGCUUGUGCGACGUUGCUCGUUUCUACCAUUCAAUUGGGUCCCAUCGCUUGUACAACAACCAUUCGACUGCGAUGCCGACUUUUCCUCUUCUUUUCUUUUUUUU